AAACACUGCCAUUAUAACGUGGACCUCACUAUAGGCAGUAGUGGAUGAACCCUCUUGCUACGAUAUUUAUGUAUUUUUCAUCUCAAGAAAUCAGCAUAACAUUUUCAACGAUUAUUUAUUUCAAAGUGAUCAGCAUCAAUUAUUUAUGGUCAAUAAAUAUAGAUUAUAUAAUAAUUCUCAGAUAUGAUAGACGAUUAUAUAAUGCACGUUUAAUUGCAUAAUGUGUGAUAUACUGAUUAUUGUAGAUAGGUUCACAGCCAGUACAGCAAUUAUUUGAAACAAUUACCAACUCGGGAGUUCGCGUGAAGCUUUGCGCAUACUCUGAUUGACAAGUUGAAGAGGGGGAAGUUUAGAGUGGUUCGCGCAGAAAACUAAGUGCCGUCAGUAAGUUGUGUUUAGUUGACGCGACUUAGUCACCACUUCGCGCCACUGGAUUGCCAUGUCUUGUCCAGGGAAAAAGGCCGGUGCCCAACCCCUGGGAGAUGAGGAUGGAAUCGUGUAUUCAGAGUACCUUCACUUGGAGAAACUUCUUACAGCCCAACAGAUGAUGAGCGCUAAAAAGAAUCGAAUCCCUGCCCACGAUGAACAUCUUUUCAUAAUAACGCAUCAGGCUUACGAAUUAUGGUUCAAACAAAUCCUAUACGAAUUGGACUCAGUACGGAAACUAUUCAGUGAGAAGCAGGGUUUGGACGAAUCGAAAACACUAGACGUUGUCAGAAGAUUGAACAGGAUCUCAAUGAUACUCAAGUUGUUGGUUGAUCAAAUAACAAUACUGGAAACGAUGACGCCGCUGGACUUUAUGGAAUUUCGAAACUACCUUUCGCCUGCUUCAGGGUUCCAAAGUUUACAGUUCAGACUCAUUGAGAAUAAAUUGGGAUUGAAACGAGAGCAACGUGUGACAUUCAACCAGCACUACGUGGAGGUGUUCAGUCGUGACAAACAGGCUGCUUGUCGUGUGGAACAGAGUGAGAUGGAGCCAUCUCUGCUGCAGCUGGUGGAGGCCUGGCUGGAGCGAACACCUGGCCUCGAGACAAACGGAUUCGACUUCUGCGCCAAGUAUCGACAGGCGGUCCACACUAUGCUCAAGUGCCAUAAGGAGGCUGCCAUGGCAGCAGAAAGCGAGUCACAAGUAGAACAUUUGCUAGCUGAUGUGGAGAAGCGACGCCUUGUGUUCGAGACGGUGCUAUGCGCCGACACACACCAGCGCCUGGUGCAGAGGGGGGAGCGACGCCUCAGCCACAAGGCACUCCAGGGUGCCAUCUUGAUCAACCUCUACCGCAACGAGCCACGCUUCAGUCAGCCCUAUCAGCUGUUGGCCAAUCUUAUGGAUAUUGAUGCAUUGAUCAACAAGUGGCGGUACAGCCACUGUUUACUCGUACAACGAAUAAUUGGCACCACUGCUAUGGGAACAGGCGGCUCUUCUGGUUACCAUUACUUACGCUCUACACUCAGCGACCGCUACAAGAUCUUCGUGGACCUAUUCAACCUGUCCUCGUUCCUGCUACCCAGCUCAUUGGUGCCACCUCUCAACAGCUUCAUGAAGAGCAAACUGUCGCUGCUCUGGCUGGGCCCCGCCUCAAAACAGCUCACUGCGCAUGCGCAGAACGGAGACGAUAAUGAAGACGACGAUGAUGAUGAUAGCGACGUGAAAGAUGGAGAAUGCAGUUGAGACGAUUCAACUGCUGUCGAUCUUUGCUGACGUUUAAAAACAUCAUGUUUAUCUCCAUGGAAAGUUGUGGUGGAAUUCUAGAUCAAUUGACGUUUUUAAAUAAUCGUCCAUUAAUCUAGAUUCAUUGACGUUUUUCAACCAUCAUAAUUAUGGACGUCUUAUCGUAAUGGAACGGUGUUAUGGGAUUCCAUCUAUGUAGGUUUAUUGCCGUUUUAAUAUCGUUAUUUUCGUUUUCAUCAUUCAAUGCCUAAUUCGGUGAGAUAGAGUCUACUCUUAAGUGAAAGGUGUACAAUUCCUAUCUGAAGUUGAAAUUUAUUGAAUUUUCAAGUUAUAAUAUAUUAAUCAUCAUUAUCUCCACGCUAUGUUUGGAAUAGUGAGGUGGAUCUAAGGCUGGGUAUACUACACCGGUUAGUCAAGACAAGACUAGUCAUGUUUAGUCACAAUACUCCACAUAGUUGCUUAUGAAGACAUGUCUAAUUGCAAUGACUAAUCAGUGUGAGUUGCGUCAUAAGCAGCUAUGUGAAGUAUUGUGACUCAACGUGUCUGAUCAUGUCUUGUCUUGUCUUGACUAGCUGGUGUGCGCCUAGCCUAACUGGUAUAGACUUGACUCUCCAGUGAAAGUUAUACUAGUGUACAAUUAUGUGUAUUAUAAGUUUAGAUUUAUUGACUUUUAUAUCAUCAUCAUCACCAUUAUCCUCACACAAUGCCUGGAGUGGUAAAAUUAAACUACACUUUGAUAGUUCAAAUACUCUCCAAUACAAGUAUUAAUUUCAUCUUGAGUGGACAAUACGUUUAAUGUAUUCAUUAAUCUAGAUUUAAUUACAUAAAUGUCAUGUCAUCAUCAUCAUCAUAAACGUCCUUUUGAGGUUAGAGGAUCAAAUCUUCAAUUAAAAUCAUAAGAGUAUUAUUUUUAUCACACUGUGGACAAUAUGUUUGGUGUUAAUGCACAUAUUUGUUAAUAAAUAGUUUACAGUAUACUUCCGAGUUUUGGAAAUAUUUUCUAUAGAUUACUUAUUCGAAUAGUAUAAUAAUUAUUCUUCAUAUUGAGGGAUUUUGAUAUUCCCAGUGCUUAUUCCCCAUUGUGCUUAUUCCCUGAAUGAUAUUCAUUUAUAAUACGAUAUGAACGGAUGUUACUUUAUCGAAACUCCUCCAUGAACUCCUCACAAUAAUUCACGAAUGAAUUUUUGUUUUUCAUAUUCUUGAGUAGUGUAGUAACUUAUUAAAAAUUCAAUUCGAAGAUCUAGGUAAUCUACUUUUGUAAUUGCUUCAUAAUGGGUAUAACGAACUCAUAAUGGAUAACAAGAAAAUAUUCAAAUACCAGUUUGUUGUUUUCAAGUAAAUUUUAUUGAAUAACAUGGACAUCACAUACUUUCCAACUUCUACAUAGUGUACUUAUUAUAACAACUCUACUUUCGACUAGAGCUCUGAGAUGUGACUAAGAAAAUAAUUAAAUCCCAGUUUUUUUCCAAUUAAAUUUUAUUGAAUAACAUGAACAUCACAU